AGAGAACACACACAUUCCGCCCUUCUUUCAUUCCAAAUGCUACUUGAAAAAUGAUACCACGACUCACCACCACCUCCCUCCUCCACCCCCCUCCCCACUUCGUCUUAUCUCCUCCCCUUAAACCCUUCCUACCCCCCUCAAUUUCUCUCUCCGCCGCUCCAACCACCGACACUGGCCUCCAAUUCCGCCGCAAACUCCUCUACCUCGAAUCCCUAAACGUCAACUCCAUCAAAGCCCUCCGAGAAAACCCCCAAUUCCGCUCUUCCUCUCUCCAAACCCUGAAAUCCGUCGAAAAUUGCCUUUCUUCCUUUGGAAUCCCGCGCUCCUCUCUCGGCCGCAUUCUCGACAUGUACCCUCAACUCCUCACCUCCGAUCCCCACCUCCAUCUUUACCCAAUUUUCGAUUUCCUCAUCAACGAACUUCAAUUACCGUUCCCUGACGUCAGCAAAUCCAUUAUCCGGUGCCCUAGAUUGCUCGUUUCAAGUGUCGACCUUCAGUUGCGCCCCACUUUGUUGUUCUUGCGGAAAUUAGGGUUUGUAGGUGAGCAUAGAAUUGAUUGCCACACUUCCGUUUUGUUGGUCUCGAGUGUGGAAAACACUUUGAUUCCUAAAUUGGAGUAUUUGGGGAGCUUAGGGUUUUCGGAAUUUGAGGUGGUUACUAUGGUACUCCGGUCACCUGGGUUGCUCACUUACAGUGUUGAGAAUAACUUUAAGCCGAAAGUGGAGUACUUCGUGAAGGAAAUGAAGAGAGAUUUGAAGGAGAUUAAGCGGUUUCCGCAGUAUUUUUCGUUUAGUUUGGAAGGGAAGAUUAAGCCGCGACAUCGGUUGUUGGUGGAGCAUGGAUUUUCUAUGCCGCUUAGGGAUAUGUUGAAGGUUAGCGAUGGAGAGUUCAAUGUUCGGUUGCUUGAGAUGAGAUUGCAGCUAAUUGAUCGAUUGUAGACUUGUAGAAGCUGAUUCAUGGUGGUUAGUUCAACCAAAUUAUUCUGAUUGGUAGUUCCAUUUGUAUGAAGUAUUCUGGUGGUGUUCUCAUCAGUCAAGUUGUUGGUCAUGGUCAGGAAACAACCAUGGAUUCACAUAACAGUUUUCAGAUGCUAAGUGUUGAAGAAACACAAAGGUGCAGUGUUCAAAACUUCAGAUACCUCCCGUUGACAGUAUUCCAGAUGUUGUGGCUGCAGUUCUCAUCGCCAAGAGGAGCAACCGAGAAACAACUGCUUCAUUUCAUGAUUUCAAACUGAAAAUGUUUAACACCAUUUUCAGUUUGAGGGGGGGUGUUGGAACUUAUACUGUAGUAUAAGUUGUUAGUUUGUUUCCUUAGUUUAGGAAGUUUGUUACUAGAUACUAACUUGUACAUAUGUUAGUAUAAAUACCUAAGCUUGUAUUAUUCUCAUAAAUAACACAAUUAAUAAAAUGUAGUCUUUAGUUUUUCUCUCAAA